AUGGCUCAAGAGAACGAGGAGAAGCUCUGCGGUCGCCUGCGUGUUCUCUACACGCUCGCAGUUUCGGAAGUUACGAAAACAUUCGUCUCUCAGGAUUACCAGACAUCGCUGAAUGCAACCUGCAGCUGUGACUUGCCUCUCGGCGACUCGACAUUCUACGUCCUGUUCAAGGAGGACAGCGUAAGCCAUCGGCACAGCCCGCCAAGCCACCUGACCUUGGAUAGCCACGUAACACUGCUGCAACUCGACGAGCCCAACAGCGACAAGCUCUACGAGCUGAAGGAACGCUGCUCCAAAUCCCACCGCGUCAGACGAAGUGCUGGUUACGGCCAGGACUAUGGAGGAGGUUACUCAAGCUAUGACAGCUACGGUGGAAACUCUUACUCGGCUCCGAGCUACUCGGCACCAAGCUACAGCGCUCCUUCAUAUUCCCCACCAACCUAUUCUGCCCCAAGCUACAGUGCCCCAUCCUAUUCGGCCCCAAGCUACAGCGCUCCCUCAUAUUCCCCACCAAGCUAUUCUGCCCCAAGCUACAGUGCCCCAUCCUAUUCGGCCCCAAGUUACAGCGCUCCCUCAUAUUCCCCACCAAGCUAUUCUGCCCCAAGCUACAGUGCCCCAUCCUAUUCGGCCCCAAGCUACAGCGCUCCCUCAUAUUCCCCACCAAGCUAUUCUGCCCCAAGCUAUAGUGCCCCAUCCUAUUCGGCCCCAAGCUACAGCGCUCCCUCAUAUUCCCCACCAAGCUAUUCUGCCCCAAGCUACAGUGCCCCAUCCUAUUCGGCCCCAAGCUACAGCGCUCCCUCGUAUUCCCCACCAAGCUAUUCUGCCCCAAGCUACAGCGCCCCCUCAUAUUCCCCACCAAGCUAUUCUGCUCCAAGCUACAGUGCCCCAUCCUAUUCUGCCCCAAGCUACAGCGCUCCUUCUUACUCCAUGCCAAGCUAUUCUGCACCAAGCUACAGUGCCCCAUCCUAUUCCGCCCCAAGCUACAGUGCUCCCUCCUAUUCCCCGCCAAGCUACAGCGCCCCAUCCUAUUCUGCACCAAGCUACAGCGCUCCCUCAUACUCUCCACCAAGCUACAGCGCUCCAUCUUAUUCCCCACCAAGCUAUUCUGCCCCAAGUUACAGUGCCCCAUCUUAUUCGGCACCAAGCUACAGUGCUCCGUCUUACUCCCCACCAAGUUAUGCUGCACCAAGUUACAGCGCUCCUUCCUAUUCUGCACCAAGCUACAGCGCUCCUUCGUACUCUCCACCAAGCUAUUCUGCUCCAAGCUACAGUGCCCCAUCCUAUUCCGCCCCAAGCUACAGUGCCCCAUCCUAUUCCGCCCCAAGCUACAGUGCUCCCUCCUAUUCCCCACCAAGCUACAGCGCCCCAUCCUAUUCUGCACCAAGCUACAGCGCUCCCUCAUACUCUCCACCAAGCUAUUCUGCCCCAAGCUACAGCGCUCCAUCUUAUUCCCCACCAAGCUAUUCUGCCCCAAGUUACAGUGCCCCAUCUUAUUCGGCACCAAGCUACAGUGCUCCGUCUUACUCCCCACCAAGUUAUGCUGCACCAAGCUACAGCGCUCCUUCUUAUUCGGCACCAAGCUACAGCGCUCCUUCUUAUUUGGCACCAAGCUACAGCGCUCCUUCGUACUCUCCACCAAGCUAUUCUGCUCCAAGCUACAGCGCUCCUUCCUAUUCUCCACCGAGCUACAGUGCCCCCUCCUAUUCGGCACCAAGCUACAGCGCUCCUUCUUACGCCCCACCAAGCUAUUCUGCCCCAAGCUACAGCGCUCCUUCCUAUUGA